UCCAUCGUGUCAUGGCCAAAAACCCAAGAGCCAUCAAAAAUGACGGGCUUAGCUGAGGUUUUCCCAAGUCGCAUAAUGCAAACAUAUAGACCAGAUCAGCUUGGCACCUUCAGGAGGUGUGGCUGUUUGGGUUGCAGCGAGCUCAGGGAAAAAAAAACGUAACUGGGAAUUUCAGCACAGCCCUGGGUUUGCUGCACUGAUUCCCAUCACAUCCCCUCCUCCACACACCCCCCCUAAAGCCAACAUGUGCAAAUGUCUGCCCGUGCUCUGAGCUGCACCUCUCCUGCGUCUCUUCUUGCAGCUGUUCCUCGAGAAAUACGGCUACUUCGGCGAGCUGGGGGCCGGCACUCACAGCCGCGCCGAGUUCACGGAGGCAGUGAGGGACUUCCAGUGGGUGACCCACCUCCCGCUCAGCGGGGUCCUGGACUCCCCCACGCUCCGUCAGAUGGCUUUGCCGCGGUGCGGCACAGGCGACGGGGCACGCCGGGCAUCUGCCGGCCGGCGCCGCAGGCGCACCACGCCGCAGGGUGGGAGGUGGUACAAGCGGCACUUGACCUACCGGGUGGUGAACUGGCCCUCCUACCUGCCGCAGCACGAGGUGCGCCUGGCCGUGAAAGCCGCCUUCGAGCUCUGGAGCAACGUGUCCUCCCUGGUGUUCUGGGAGGCGCGGGACGGCCUGGCCGACAUCCGCCUGACCUUCUUCCAUGGGGACCACAACGACGGACUCAACAACGCCUUCGAUGGGCCAGGUGCUGGUCGCUUCCCCCUCGAGGUGCCCUGGCUCACGCCUUCUUCCCCCGGCGUGGAGAAGCCCACUUCGACAGCGCCGAGCGCUGGUCCCUGCACAGCGGCAAAGGGCGCAACCUCUUCGUGGUGGUGGCACACGAGGUGGGCCACACGCUGGGGCUGGAGCACUCCCCGGUCAAGAGCGCCCUGAUGUCUCCCUACUACAAGAAGCUCAGCAAGGAUUUUGUCCUCAGCUGGGAUGACAUCUUGGCUGUCCAGAACUUAUACGGGAAGCCCUCCAAGGGCUCGGCCGUCCAGCUCCCGGGAAAGGUCUUCACUCACUUCCAGGACUGGAACACGGACUUUUAUGGCAGGGACCAGCAGCAGAGGAGCCUCAGCGCCUAUUACUGCCACUCCUUCUUCGACGCCAUAACUGCUGAUGCGGAUCACAACCUCUACAUCUUCAAGGGCAGCCACUACUGGGUGGUGCCAGCCAGUGGCAAUGCCAGCGACCCCCAGUCCCUGCAGACGCGCUGGCCUGGCCUCCCUGCCGGCAUCGAUGCCUGUGCCUGGUCCCAGCUCAGUGGCAAAUUUUACUUCUUCAAAGGGGGCCGAUGCUGGCGCUACACGGGCUCCACCUCGGAGGCAGGUUUCCCCCAGAAAUGCAGCGCCCGCGGCCUCCCGCGGCACCCCGACACCGCACUCUACUUCCAGCAGCUCCGGCGCCUGGUCCUCUUCAAAGGACCCAAGUACUUCGUGGUGAGCGAGGAGACCCUCGGCGUGGAGCCCUACUACCCCCGCAGCCUGCGGGACUGGGAGGGCUUGCCCCCCGGCACGGCGGGCGCCCUCACCCACCGCGACGGCUUCGUCUACUUCUUUCGGGAUGACCAGUACUGGCAAUUCGACCAGGCCAAGCUGCAAGUGGUGGCCACUGGCAAAUGGGCCACCCAGCUACCCUGGAUGGGCUGCUGGGAUGCAAAUGGUGGGCAGGUCCUCUUCUGAGCAGAGAGUCUUGAGACAAAAUGGGGCGGGGGGGGGGGGGGGGCUGAACCCCACCUUGCUCGCCUUUGCCCAGAUCCUUGUUUAUUUGACUCUGGAUUCCUGUCUGGGGAGGGUUUGGCAGGGACGGGCGGGUCGGGGCUGCCCACGGCUGGCUGGAUCCGUGGGUCGGUGGAGCGAUGCCCCGGCGCAGCAGGGAUGCAGCCGGGAUGGGGCAGCCGGCAGCCGGGGAGGUUCUGCCACAGCCAGGUGGGCUGGAAGCUUCAGGAGACAACAUUUUUUUAAAAAGACCACAAAAAAAGUUAUAAGCCAUAGAGACUGCAAACACAACCGUUUCUGUUAAUGUUUAGAAUAUUGUUACAAAUUUUUUUUUUUCAAACCGGGACUGGGGAUUGUUGAUACUUCAGCUGUCAUUUCCCCACGAUCAGGCAGAAAAGCGCCUCGCCGUUGCUUGGGUUGGGGCUUGGGUGGUUUUAAGUAAGGGACUGAGAAUGUUUCCUCGUUAGACAAAAAGAAAAAGAGACAUUUGGACAAAAA